AUGCGAUGUGUGCACAUGCCGCUAUUAUCGUUGAGCUCCAUGACAGGCUUGACCGCAUUUAGUGACAACAAAAAUAGCAAAAAUAGCAGAUUCAAACACGCUGUCAACCGGAUACAUUCACCGCCUCGUCAGAUUCCCCAUGUGUUUUCCCCUUCCACAUCUCAGCGCUUAUCCCAACACGACUGUAUUGCCGAACUUGCACUUUUAGAUCAGCCCGUUACUUUCUCCUCAUUCCUCAUUUUUCCAGUUCGUGGCAAAAUGCUUCACGUUGCAAAACGCCCACUGUUUCUAUUAGCCGGCGCCAGUGUCAGUGCCAGUGCCGGCUUCAUGUAUCUCGGCGAGGACGACGAAACUCGGAAUAUCGACGCAAAGGACCCAACAAUUCCACCCAAUUCGAUGAAGCGACAUUUAACACGAAAGACUCGAGCGAGAACGUUGAAAGCCACGUCGAGACAAGAACUGGGACUGCAGCAGAGUUUAGUCCGAGAUGUGGCGUGUUGGCUCUCGUCCGCUUCUGUGGCCUCCACGCGUCAAGCGUUCACACCGACGAUGGAAGACGGUAAAGAAGUUCUGGAAGUCGCGAUGAAAAACAGCCAAGUAUAUCAAAAUCUAGUGAACUGGUUACAAGAUAUUUCCCCCGAGAGGAACGGGUGGGACGCCGAUCAAAUUCUGGGCAGCUCCAGUUUCUCCAUGCUCGUGAAUUUAUUGUCCGACACGGAGAGCAAUUUUUCAUUACAAGAAGAUUUAGAGGAGGAACUGUAUCGAGCUAUGAGUUUGUUAUCCACCAAUCCCCAAUGUGCUCAAGCUAUUGCAGAGAGAGCGACACGAUAUGGCAAGCAGGCGUUACUGAAUCUGGCUGAGGUCCACGAUAACGACUCGAGAGUGGGGGACGCUCUGCAUCAACUGGUUACUCUCGACAGCAACAAUUGCCACUUCGGCCCAGCGAAUCUCGCGUCGCUCUUGUCAUUAGCUGUCGCGGACGUACCGGACCAGUAUAUGGAGUUCGCGUUGUGGGGGUUAACGAAGGCUGCAACACCCGAAGCUGUAGGCAGACGCUACAAGUUGCGGAAAGUGAUUUUCGGCGAUGAUAGUACAGCCAAGACGUGUCGAAAACUCAUCAACAGCGACAGGUUAUGGGACGCACUGGCUGGAAUCGACCAGGAACGCUCGCAAUUCGUGCAACUUCAAGCUGCUCGAUUGAUUUAUGAGCUCAGCAAUGACACAACAGUCGCUCAAAGGAUGCGACGUCAUGAUAAAUUCGCUAAGACUUUCGUGAACUGGAUGAGCUCGUCACAUGAAGCUCUGGCUUGUGCUUCAUUCGAGAUUGUAGCCAAGUUAGCAGGUGUUGACCGUAAGUUACAACAGCAACUGGUUGGUGCUGGAGCGCUGGAGACUCUGCGAGCUCGAAUCGUUGAGGACUCGGACCGUCAAGUGACCGCAAAACUGCUCCAAGCAAUUCGCUCUCUUUCCACUCCUACUGCAACCGAUAAUGUGUUUGUAUUGGACCAAGACGCGCUGUCUUUCGUCAGCGAUUCUGGAGACGGUGAGCCUCUUUACGACGACGAUAUUGAGAAUAUUAACAUUGUAUUGAGGCACGGAUACGUCGAUGGCUGGAUCGAGUUGUUCACGGCGUUUUUAAAGAGCGGGGACGAGAGUAUUCGCGAGGAAGCAGCGCUGUGCCUCGAACAUAUCGCAACGUAUGGCUCUCACAAGGACGAAGUUGUCCAGGAAUGGCUCAUUGCUGUCUUGGAUUCUGUGCUGGAUAAAGUCCCUCUUGAAGUCGCUAAAGGAGCUUGCAGCGUACAAGAAGCGAGGUCACGUACUCGACCCAUUCAGGGCAAAACUACGGACACUUCGUCAUACGAGGCGUCCCACGCAAAGGCACUACGAGCGUUGGCUUUUGUCAUGGAGAGAAAAGAGUGCCAAGAAGAACUAAUUCGUCGCGGUGGAGUUCCAAUUCUUCAGAUUUUACUGCGAUCAGAGAAUGAACUAGUGCAGCGUGAGACGGCUCGUGUACUGGCCAAUUUGUUCGCAUGUGACGAUAUGGCAGAAGCGCUUCGAGACUUUACGAUGAACGACUAUCAGCUGGAAGAAUCGCUCGAGAAAUGGACGAAAUCUGAUGAUAUUCGACUGGAAGCGAUGGCCCAUCGAGCUCGCUCGAACCGACGAUACCAGAUCUCACGGCAGCGAGGGGAAGAUAUGGACAAGGAGGUGAAAUAUCUCGACGGUAUCCAUCCACUUCACUUGUCUGGAAGCACCAGAGAUCAUCAAAGUGAUUACGAUGUUGAUAUCGUUUUCGUCCAUGGAUUACUGGGCUGUCCUUUUAGUACAUGGACGUGUGGAGAGGAGGAAGAUACGGUAUGGGCUCAGCAAUGGUUACUCGACGACAUGAAGCAGGAAGGUCUUAACCCACGGGUCUUGUCUGUGGGCUACGACUCUCAACUUCUAGCGUCCGGGUCUAUCUGGAAACCCAUGUGCUUCGAAGAAACGGGUAGCGAGAUCCUGUCGCAGCUCAACGCGGCGCGUGUUGGUUGUGGAGAUCGUCCUGUGGUCUUUGUGACCCACAGUCUUGGUGGAGUCCUGUUGAAACAAGUUUUAUUGGCUUCUGACUCAGAAGAGAAUGAGUCAAACCUGAUUGACAACGUGAAUGGUGUCGUGUUCUAUGGAGUUCCUCAUCACGGCAGUCCCGUAGCUCAGAGAAUCCAGACUUUCAAGCCUCGACAGAUCACGCAGCAUCCUGUUACUGAACACUUGCACGGUACUCCUCACUUGGAGAUGCUGAACGACUGGUGCUCUGAGGUUUUCGAGGAGAAGGAGAUCCCGUGUCUGAGUGUGGGUGAGAGUUUGCCUUGUCGUCUUCCUGUUAUCGGUGUGGAGGCGUUGGUGGUGCCGUCAGCGUCGGCAAAUCCUGGCUUCGGCGAGUUUGUUCCCAUUUCUGACGCAACACACGUGGACGUCUGUAAACCAGCGACUACCGACGAUUUACGCUACAAGUUGGUACGAAAGUUCAUUUCGAAGAACGCAACGUCGACUGCUGCAAAGCAAUCUGCCGCUGUGUAG